UUUUUGUAAAAUACCUCACAAAAGUUACAUUGUCUCGGAUGUGGUUUGUGUCCUUUUGCACUCGAUUAAUGGUCAUAUUAUUUUAGGACCAAAAAAAAUAUUUCCCUAUAAAACGAUGUAGGAAAGAGAAAAUUUGGUUGGAUGCGUAUGCAUUAUUUAAAUCGCAAGUAAAGCAGUCGAACGACCGGCAGAAUGACGUCGGUUUGCCUCUAAUUCGAAAUGAUUAUGACGCGACGCACCAGCAAAAUAUGACCGUUGCCCAACGUUCCUGAAAUCUAUAUUUCAAAAAAGUUGGACCUUUCUGGGAGCUACUUACCCGUAAGCCAACGUCCAGACUCCACUUCGUCCUGCCUAUGUGAUGAAAACACUGUAAAAGCUGAGAAACGCCGGGUCAAUUCAUGCCAUAGAUUCCGUUGCUCUAAUUUUCUUCGUUUUUUCCCGAGUUCUGGGUUGGUGGGUGUCUUAGGUUGGUUCCGAUCCUUUUCCUUGCAAAUCGUAGUCGCUUUCCAAGAAUCUAACUGGAGGUCGAUCACUGUUUUGGGUCACUUUUUUUACUCUCGAAGGCCAUGGCGACAUUGGCCCCGGGAAUUCUGUUGAAGCUUCUCAAUGGAAUGAACACAGGCGUCAAACCGACCAACGAGUACAGGAGCUCGCUUCUGCAGGUGACAGACAUCGUCCCGGCGGAUCUCGACGAGAAGAGUCUUUGGCCGAAGCACGGGUUUUACAUUAAAGUUUCCGACUCUUCUCACUCUAUCUAUGUCAGUCUUCCCUCUGAACAUAAUGAUUUCGUUCUCAGCAAUAAAAUGCAGCUGGGGCAGUUCAUCUAUGUCGAUAGAUUGGAGCCAGGGUCUCCGGUUCCGGUUGUUAAAGGUGCGAAACCACUUCCUGGCAGACACCCGUUUGUGGGCACGCCGGAGCCGUUAAUGGGUCUUAGAGAGAAAGGUGAGCCAAAGUCCAACUCAAAACUCCCUGCUCCCAGAAGGGGCUCUUGGGGAACGGGACCGGAUGGCACCGACUGUGUUUCGUCCCCUAUGGUUUGCAAGCCUAUUAAUUUGGACUUCGAUCAGUGUACACCAGUGAAAGAUCGUAAUACCUCGGUGAAAGAGGGAAAUGCUAAUUUUCCGAUGUCGCCGAUGAUAAGGGGGAAGGUGGGGAAGGAUGGAAACUGUGUUAGAUGUUCUUUUGGCGAAGGGCUAUUGGCGAAGAUGGUGGAUGCAAAGGGUGAAAGCCCUGCUUUGCUUAGGAAAAGCUGUGUAGUCCCUUCUCCUUCGAAAUUUCCAAGGAGUAGGAGCGUUUGCGAAAGAGAUCCUAAGAUCCCAAUAAAUCCCUUAAACUCAGCCGAAAAGAAAACUUCAACUCCCGCUCCGCGCUCAAGGAGUGCUGCAAGAGUGGCAACUUCUCUCAAUAUGACGGGGGAUGCCCAGAACUCCGGUUCAAAAAUUACUCAAUUACAGUCAGAGUCUGGUAAUGCAGCUCCUGAUAUCAGCACAAGUCUCCCCAUGAAUUUGCCUGGAAAACUUUUCAUGCUGGGCAAGGAAGCAGUGCAGCAUCGAGAAACAGCUCAGAAAAUUGCCCUUCAAGCACUCAGGGAUGCUUCAGCCACGGAGGCAUUAGUUCGGUGUCUCAAGAUGUUUUCAAACUUGAGCAAAUCAGCUAAACCUGAUGCUCCAGUGGCCUGUUUUGAUCAGUUUCUAGAAUUUCAUCAUCAAAUUGUGCAAGCAGUGACUGACAUGGUGUCCAUUCAAGCAGCUACUUCAGCCUCUGAAAUGGCUCAAAACCCAAAUGCUAAAAAGAAAGAUCGCCCAACUGGCGAAGAGUCCCCAAUUUUACACGAAAUCAUACCCAACUGGAAUUCAGAACUGACAUUAUCGAAAAGGAGAACAGCAUUAUACAAAUCCAUUGCAGCCUUUCCUGAAAGAGGUGAGCAGAGGACAAAUCUGGGAAAACUCCUGAGAUCAAAUAGCAACCCAAAGACAUGCUUGGAACGAAAAGGACCGUCUACUCCACUUGGGAAGCUGCCACUUGAAGCUGCCUGUGAGAAUGACGAAAACAAAAAACCUUCAUAUUGUAGCCUAAACAAUACAAUCAAAUUGGGAAGGCAGAUUGAAACAGAAGCUGGAAACUGGUUUAUGGACUUUUUGGAGAGGGCUUUGGAAACAGGCAUGAAGAAAAUGAAAGGUGCAGCAAAUGGGGAUGCUCGGAAGGUUCCUCAAUCUCUUAUACUUAAGGUUAUUAACUGGGUGGAAGUAGAGCAGUGUGAUAGCAGUAAGCGAUCUGUUCAUCCCAAAGCAACACAGCUAGCUCGGAAGUUGAGGAUCAAGAUGAAGAAUCCUUGAGUGUCACUUAGGGUAUGAGUAAAGUUCUGGCAGUGUUUGUGUUCCAACCAUAUGAAGAUUCUGUUGCAUUUGUCGAAUCACAUAUGUGCAUAUAUGCAUGCAUGCAUGUACACGUAAUAGGCUUUAUUGCUUGAAGCAUUUAUUCAUAUAUAUUCUUUUA